CAAACACAGGCCACAGUUUGCUGCAGCAUCACUGAGGCCUCGGUCCGCUUUAAUGAUCAACUGAUCAGUUUGAAAGGUUUUCUCCCAACAGGCUAAUUUAACCGUCAGAGACAUGAGCUCUGAGCUGUUAGUGUCACGUCCUCACUGUGACAGCAGGGCUGUGGCUGUGGGGCUCCCGGAGAAGGAGCCUCCUGUGAGGGACUGGCAGCCGUCCUCCGGCUCCGCCACAGCUGGGUACCGCUCUGCGAAAUACACCCCGGGCGAGUGGUUCUCCAACUACCACAGCAUCCUGCAACAGGCCGGCACCGACCGCCUCCAGGCCCGGAGCGUCCAGCGAGAGUCCAGGAGUCUGCACCAGGACACCGAGGCGGCCACGCUGCACACCCAGGCCGAGGGGACGCGUCUGCUGGGGGAGAGACUACAAGACCUCCACCACUGGAGGUCCGAGCUGCAGCGGCACAUCGAGCAGCUGCAGGCCGACAACCAGUCACUGGUGGCGGUGAAGACGCGGCUGGAGAAGGCGCUGGACGCCUCCGAGACUCCGUACGUCAUCUCCACCGAUAACCUGACCUGCAGGACGAGGAGACUGGGCCCAGACCUGGUCCGAGACUCUGUGGAGGAGCAGCUGUUAAAGGAAGUGGACCUGAUCAGGAGCGUCCAGGCUCUUCUGAAGAGAACCACAGCUCAGGUUGUGACUCAGAUCAAGAGGAACAAAGAGGCCAAGCAGACCUUAGAGUUGGACUGGUCUGAUAAGUACGAGGCCUACAACUUGGACGACCACUGUGGAAGAUACAGUAACAUGAGUCCGGAUACAAAGCACCACCCCAGCUCAGCCACCGUGCAGGACCAGGUGUGUAACCAUGCAGCGUGGUCUAAGUUCACACAGGACAACCUGAGCAAAGCCUUGCAGGAGGAACAGGCCUCGAGCAGCCUCAGAAAGCUGGUGGAGCGAGUGCUGCUGGACACCACUGAGGAUCUGAGGGUCCAGUGCUCCACUGUGGACCGAGCCUUCAGCCAGCGCUGUGUGGAGCUGAAUGAGGCCAAGAACCAGCAGGAGAUGAAGCUCGCAGAGGUCCUGGAGCAGAUCGGGGCUCAGGAGAGGAACAUCGUUGCUCUACAACAGGCCAUCCACAACAAAGAGGCUCCACUGAGAGUUGCUCAGUCCAGACUCUACGUCCGCUCCCUCAGACCCCACAUGGAGCUCUGCAGGGACGAACCUCAGCUCAGUUUGGAAGGGGAGGCGAGGCAGAUUGAUGCCACUGUGGCGUCUCUGCACCAGCAGCUGAGCGAGGCCAGAGGCUCCCUGUCCCAGCUGGAGGAGUCUCGCAUGGCCCUCGAGAAGGACAUGAACUGCAAAACCCACUCGCUGUUCAUCGAGAGGGACAAGUGCAUGACUCAGCGUAAACGAUACCCAACAGUCUCCACACUGUCAGGAUACUGAAGACGAUGACCACUCAGUAUUAGCUGAAAAACAUGUUUUUCUGUUGUGUUUUAUUGUUCUGCUUUGUUGUUAGCAUCAACAAAAUAUUAUUUGAUUAAAAAAAAAAAAGGAAAUUUAAUAGUAUCGCACAUAUUUUGAUUAUAUUUUGGGGUUAGGGUUAGGGUUUCCCAUUUCCAUAAAUAUUCUACAUAAAAUUGCUACAUCACUUCAUAUGCAUCCAUCAGUGUAAUGCAGAAAAUAAAACUCACCAUGUUAUUCUAUUGUUUUUUUAUCCAGUCACAUUUACAAAAGUAUCAUAUACAUUGCUCAUCAACAGUUAGUCAUGAAUGUAACAGUCUAAAAGUGAUGAAUAUCCUCAGUGAGUUGGAGCGUUGGACCACAGUUGUACCAGAAUGUGUUGGUUCUCUGAUUAUAGCAAUAAAAAAGAAUCCUUUUGACCAUAA